AUGAACACGCUUGUAGCUGGAUACCAGUUCCCAGUCGAGAACCAGCUUCAUCUGUUACCAGGACGAUGUCAGUCUGAGGAGGCAGCGACCGAACUGGGCCCUGAAGAGGAGGAGGGAGGACGUGAAGAUGAAGGUGAAGAGGGAGGAAGAGGAGGAGCACGGGUUGCCUUGGAAACCCGCAACUCCCCUGUUUACUGCGUCUGCAGGAAGCCAGACAUCAACUGUUUCAUGAUAGGGUGCGACAGCUGUUCUGAGUGGUUUCAUGGAAGCUGUAUUGGAGUUUCAGAGAAAGCAGCUAAAGCCAUCAGAGUGUGGUACUGUCCGUCCUGCAGAGACAGAAACUCGUCUCUGGAGAUUAAAUACCGUCCGAAGAAGAUAAAGGAAAAGGAGGAGAAAGAGGCGGGGCCAGAUGGAGACGACACGCUUGAGGCAGAUGGAAGCUCCACCCCCCACCCUAAGAUGGACAGGAGGAGGAGCUCUCAGAUCAAGCGUUCGGCCAGGAUGUGUGGAGAGUGCGAGGCGUGCCUGAGGACGGAGGACUGCGCUCAGUGCGACUUCUGCAAAGACAUGAAGAAGUUUGGAGGUCCCAACAAAAUCCGACAGAAGUGCCGACUCAGGCAGUGUGAGGUCCGAGCGAGGAAGAUGCUUCGGGUCCGAGACGAGGAGAUGGCUCGGAGCGGCGCCAGGGGGCGGAGCCUUUUGAGGACAGGGUCAGGGCAUCAGACAGACGAUGAUGAGGAUGAUGAGGAGGAAGAUGAGGUUUUCAGCGAGAGUGAGCUGGAGCUUUACGAGCAGUACAGAGCUGCCGGAUACAGAGACAUGGUGUGGCACAGCGAGGACGAAGACACUCAGUCAGACUCUCCGAGGAAGAAGGCGGUGAAGGUGAAACACGUGAAGAGACAAGAGAAGAAGCCGGAGAAAAAGAAGACUGUGUCCGUUCCUAAAGAGGAGGUGAAGCCACGGCGCCACAAAGCGAAGCAGCGGCACAAGGAGCGCGUGCGGCACAGCGAGCGAGCCUUAGAGGGCGGAGUCAAAGAGGUGGGCGGGUCCGUGAGGCAGUGUCUGGGUCCAGGAUGUGUGGAACCAGCGAGGACCAGCUCUAAAUACUGCUCAGAUGACUGUGGGAUGAAGCUCGCCACCAAUCGUAUCUACGAGAUCCUGCCUCAGAGGAUCCAGCAGUGGCAGCAGAGUCCGUGCAUUGCAGAGGAGAUGGGGCGGAGACAGCUGGAGCGAAUCAGGAGGGAGCAGCAGGCGGCGAGACUCCGCCUCACGCUGAUGGAAAAACGUUUUCACGAGCUCGAAGGCAUCAUCGCCAACGCCAAACUGCAGCAGGUCCAACAGCAUGAGGAGGUGACUGAAGGUGACGGUGAUGACACUGACCUUCAGAUCUUCUGUGUGUCCUGCAGUCACCCCGUCAACCCAAAGGUGGCGCUGAGACACAUGGAGAGAUGCUAUGCUAAGUAUGAGAGUCAGACGUCGUUCGGCUCCAUGUACCCAACACGUAUAGAAGGAGCCACCAGGUUGUUCUGUGAUGUGUAUAACCCUCAGAGUAAGACGUACUGUAAGCGGCUGCAGGUUUUAUGUCCUGAACACUCCAGAGAUCCAAAGGUCCCGGCUGACGAGGUCUGCGGCUGUCCUCUGGUGAAAGACGUCUUCGAGCCGACCGGAGAGUUCUGCCGCGUUUCUAAGAGGAAGUGUAACAAACAUUACUGCUGGGAGAAACUGCGCCGGGCAGAGGUCGACCUGGAGCGAGUCCGAGUGUGGUACAAACUGGACGAGCUGUUCGAGCAGGAGAGGAACCUGAGGACGGCCAUGACCAACCGAGCUGGUUUACUGGCUCUGAUACUGCACCAGACGAUCCAGCACGACCCAAUCACCACUGACCUGCGCUCUGCCAAGGACCGGUAGACAGGUGAAGACAGACAGGUAGACAGGUGAAGACAGACAGGUAGGGACUGACAGGUA